AUGACAUUAGACAAUAUAUACCCACCCUGCAUAUCAUUCAAAGAUGCUGGUGAUAGAGUUAGAGACUUUAUAGAUAAAAAUAAUGCAAUAAAUAAUCUAUAUAUUUUUUUGCACAUUAACGAAAAUCAAACAGAACUUAAAGAUCCAAAAUAUUUAGGAAUAAUAAACGGGGUAAAUGAAAUAAAUAUUAAAGUAAUGGGCAUGGUAACAAGUGAUGAAAAAUUUAAAGCCAUUCUAAGUGGGGGAAAUAGUGAGAGUUUUUUUCAAAGCGAUAGCAGCAAAUUAAGCAUCUCUAUAGAGGGUAUUAAUUUUGUAAAUUGGAAUAAUCCCUCUUCAUUCAUAUUGGAUGCAGGCCAAGAAGAAUUCAAUGUACAACAUUUAAAAAAACAUAGUGAAAAUAAAUCAAAAAAAAAUGAACAUUUUUUUUAUGAUACCGGUUCAAUAGACCAAGAACUUACAUUAAAUGGCGAAACUUUACCAAAUUUUUUAAACGAUAAUGAAGAUGCAAAUAAUGAUAAUUAA